GAAAGAUACAUUUUCUUGAUUUUGAUGAUUUCUCCAUAUCUUUCCUUGUUCUUCCCCUCUUUACCAUCCAUCAACUUAUCAUAUCAUAUCAUAUCAUAUCAUUCUCAGUCUCAUUCUCAUUUGAUUUGAUUUGAACAUUUGGUCUUUCUGUAAUCGAAAUACUUAUAACCUGAAUACUAUACAUCCCUUUUUAUUGUUCUAACUUAUAACAACAUGGAUAACCUCAUCAAUUUAGGUACCAAAGCUUUUAAGCAAUAUUCAGAUAGCAACAACCAAUCUUCUCACUCACAAGGUGGAGAAAGUAACGGACAUGGUGUUACUGGUGGAUCUCAUCUCAAUCAACCAAGUGGUGGUCAAAUGAUCGAUGCCGAUGGUGAUGGUAUUCCUGAUUUCCAACAAGCUGCUCAUCAUGCUAAUGCGGAAGCAGGUGAUUCAGCCGAUGCGUCACUCUUCGCGAACGCAAUGUCUUUCCUCAAGAAUCGAGACAAGAACGAUGAUGAGAUUGAUGAAUCAAGUGCAACAGAAGCUCAUGAUCGAGCGUAUAACCAAGGUCAAGGUAAUUCACUAGAUGCUAAAUCGAUGGGUGCAGCUGCUGCACUUCAAGCUUUUAAACAAUUCACAAGUGGUGGUGGAAGUUCAGGUGGCAAUACAGGGGGAGCCGCUAGUGGUGGUGGUCAGAGUAAACUUAUUGGGCUUGCUAUGGCACAAGCCGCGAAAUUGUUUGAUAAGAGUGGUGGUGCCUCGAGUGGUGGAAAACAAGAUGCUGUGAAUUCGGCAGGUAAUAUGAUCAUGAAGCUCGUUAUGAAACAAAAGAUGAACCAGAUGAUUGGAGGUGGCAAUAGCGGAGGAUUGAGUGGAUUGGCAAGCAUGGCUGGCAAGUUCAUGUAGACUAGAGUCACGUCAAGAUAAAAAAUGGGAGGCAAUACCGUCACAUAAGCCUCAUGUUGUGCUGUCUCUAAUUGUCUUGCACUUGUGUCUGCUGUGGAGGUCAAGAUAUGUUUGCUCCUUGGUGUCACUCUUGAGGUGAAAAAUGUAAAGGUCUUUUAGGCUAUGUAGCUAUGUAUGACUAUACUCAAAUUCCUUUUGAAAGUUCUGAUCAUCCAGAUACUUUGAAUCUUCUUCAUUGUUCCUUGUUUGAACCUCCCUCUUGGAUUUGG